UUCUAUACGCUUUUCCCCGCCAUUUGUUUCUCCCUCUACACUCGGUCCCUUGCCCUCCUUUGUUUCUCUCUCUCUAGGGCUACCCUCAUCUCUAGUCACUCAUGGAAAAGCCCUAAUUCCUGCAAUUCAAACUGAUAAUUUUACAGCUUCAAUGAGAUUUUGACAGUUUCAAUUUUAUGGCGCGUCCUCCAACUUCUGGUACUGGCGGUAUUCCUCGGGGCAUCAGUCUUUCCAACUCACUCCACUCGGAAGUCGCUCCAUGCUUGCCUCUUCCGUCCCUUCCUGUUUUCUGUGGCGCGCUUGAUCAGGAGCUCCGGCUGUUCGAUGAGUUGCACAGUGCCGCUUCGAGAUCAGUCAAUCGAAUUGACGUUGUUAGCCAAGCUGGCAAGAUUGCUCAACUGCUUAGCAAUACUGACGUGUCUUACUUGAGUAUUAGAGGUGAUGUGUCUUCCCAACCCCAGGGAUUUGUCGGACAUCAUGACCUCUAUGAUGAAGUUUUGAGAUAUAAUUCUCAGGCAUUUGACUACAUUUCUCCAGGUCCUACAAAUGAGCCAAUCCCCAGCGGUAACUUGGCUGAAUCAAAACCUUGUGAGCAGAACUUACGUGAUCAGGUGCAUAGAGACAAUGCAGGAAUUGGGAGUAACCAACAUGAUGUGGCAGGAAUUCUUAAGCAUCAGCAGGGUUAUGAUAUGUCUAAUGAUGCUAUUAAUCAUUCUAGAAAACCAAAAGUCAGGAAGAAAGGCAAAGACAGCAUUCUGUCCUCAUCAACUGUUCCGGAUGCUAUUGAGCAGCAAGAUGCUGCCAUUGGAUGCUUCUCUGAAUUGUUGGAGGGCAUUUGUUGUAGAUCAGAGAUUUUUAGCGAUGACCGGGAUGAAGCAGAAUGGUUACCGUUAACUGUUGGUGAUCUUAAAACGGUUGUCAAUGAAAUUAUUUCCAUCCGAGCAAAGAGAAUACUACAUUUGGUUCCCAUAGAUAUUCUGUCAAGAUUCUUAAGGGUUUUAGAUCAUCAGAUUCAUCGAGCAGAAGGUUUAUCGAUUAAUGGCUCUGAACAUUCAGACUCAGAUGUGAUGACGUCCAUUUAUGUUGCUUUGGAAUCCAUUCAUGCAGCUUUGGCAAUUAUGGCUCAUACUGGCAUGGCUAAGCAACUUUAUAAGGAAGAGAUCAUUGAAAGGAUUGUGGAGUUCUCUAGGCAUCAGAUCAUGGAUAUUAUGUCAGCUUGUGAUCCAGCAUAUCGUGCUUUGCAUAAACCAAAUGAUAUUGGCGCUCCUGAUGAUGAUGAAGAUGAAGAAAUUGAAGGGGACUAUGGUUCAGCUAGUAAGAAACGGCGAACUACUAGGAAUCUUAAACUCAGAAAGUCAAAUCCAAACAAGGCAUCUGCUGUGGUGAAUAGUAUACUCCAGAAGCUUUGUACCAUUGUUGGCUUUCUUGAGGAUUUGCUGUCUAUAGAGCGCCUGUCAGACAGUUGUAUUCUCCAGCUCAUCAGGACUAGUUUCACAACAUUUCUAGUGGACAAUAUCCAUCUUUUGCAGCUUAAAGCAAUCAGUUUUAUUAGUGGGAUAUUUCAUACGUACACACAGCAUCGUGCUUAUGUGAUGGAUGAAGCACUACAGGUUCUUCUAAAGUUACCAUUCUCAAAGCGUGUACCCCGGACUUAUCAUCUCCCCGAUGAAGAGCAAAAGCAGAUUCAGAUCAUUACUGCUCUGUUAAUUCAAUUAAUUCACUGUAGUGCUAACCUUCCUGAGGUGUUAAGGCAAUCAAGUAGCGUUCCUUCUCUGGAGGUCUCUUUAGACACCAAUUAUCCUACUAAAUGUCAUGAGGCAAUUACAGAAUCCUGCUGUCUUUUCUGGAGUCGAGUUCUUCAGAGGCUUACUGGGUCAAAGAACCAGGAUUCAUCGGAGUUGAAGAUAAUGAUUGAGAAUCUUGUAGUUGAUUUGCUUGUCACUUUGAAUCUCCCCGAGUAUCCUGGUUCUGCGCCAAUUUUGGAGGUCCUUUGCGUCCUCCUCCUCCAGAAUGCUGGACCAAAAUCUAAGGAUAUUUCUGCUCGUUCAAUGGCCAUUGACCUCCUUGGCACCAUUGCCUCUAGGUUGAAACAUGAUGCUGUUCGUUGCAGGAAGGAGAAAUUUUGGAUAGUUCAUCAGUUAACAAGCGGUGAAAGCAGCUUUGUAAGUUCUGCAUGUUGUGUUUGUUUGAAUGCGAGGAAUGAAAAACAACUAUUUGCAUGUCAAGGUUGCCAGAGACUGUAUCAUGUUGACUGUAUUGGAGUUGGACGAAAUGAAGUUUCUACUCCCAGUUUCUAUUGUCAAAUCUGUAUUUGCAAAAAGCAACUUCUUGUUUUAAAAUCAUACUCUGAGUCGCAGAGCAAGGAUGAUGAGAAAAAGGGUCAUAAACUUUCUGGAAUGUCUUCCGACAAUUUUGAGGUCACAAAUUUGGAGAUUGUUCAACAAAUGCUCCUAAAUUACCUACAGGAUGCCAGUUCUGUUGAUGUGCAUCUCUUCAUCCGGUGGUUCUACAUCUGUAUAUGGUACAAAGAUGACCCAAGUGCUCAACAGAAGUUCUACUAUUACCUUUCAAGAUUGAGAUCCAAAGCAAUUCUGCGAGACUCUAGUACUGUUUCAACAUUUUUGGCAAGAGAUACGGUGAAGAAGAUAGCUUUGGCAUUGGGACAGGAUAAUUCUUUCUCCCGAGGAUUUGAGAAGAUUCUUCAAGUGCUUCUGGCAAGCCUCAGGGAAAACUCUCCAGUGAUUCGUGCCAAGGCAAUGCGAGCGGUCAGUAUAAUUGUUGAAGCUGAUCCAGAGGUCUUGCGUGAUAAGCUUGUUCAAACUGCCGUUGAAGGAAGGUUUUGUGAUUCUGCUAUCUCAGUUAGAGAAGCAGCACUUGAACUUGUUGGUAGGCAUAUUGCUUCGCAUCCUGAUGUUGGUUUACAGUAUUUUGAAAAGGUAGCAGAAAGAAUAAAGGAUACUGGAGUAAGUGUGCGAAAACGUGCGAUCAGGAUCAUAAGGGAUAUGUGCACUUCAAAUCCAAAUUUCGCAGAAUUCACAACUGCUUGCAUAGAUAUUAUCUCCCGUGUGAAUGAUGAAGAAUCCAGCAUACAGGAGCUAGUUUGCAAGACAUUUUAUGAGUUUUGGUUUGAAGAACCAUCUGGUACGCAAAGUCAUCAUUUUAAAGAUGGAAGUUCUGUUCCAUUAGAAGUAGCUAAGAAGACAGAGCAGAUUGUUGAGAUGCUGAGAAGAGUGCGCAGUUACCAACUCCUUGUAGUUGUCAUUAAGCGUAACUUAGUCCUUGAUUUUUUUCCACAAUCAGCUAAGGCUGUCGGGAUCAACCCUGUCUCACUUGCUUCGGUGCGUCGGCGAUGUGAGCAAAUGUGCAAGUGCCUGUUGGAGAAAAUAUUACUGGUAACAGAAAUGAGUAGUGAGGAAGGAGAUGUUCGCAUGCUCCCGUAUGUGCUACUCUUACAUGCCUUUUGUGUUGUAGAUCCUAUGCUAUGUGCACCAGCAUCUGACCCUUCUCUGUUUGUGGUCACUCUGCAGCCAUAUUUGAAAUCUCAGACUGACACUCGAGUUGCUGCCCAGCUAUUGGAGAGUAUAAUCUUUGUAAUAGACUCCGUCUUGCCCAUGCUUCGUAAACUUCCACCAAGCGUUGUUGAAGAACUUGAACAAGAUUUAAAGCAAAUGAUUGUCCGCCAUUCUUUCUUGACUGUUGUUCAUGCUUGCAUCAAGUGCCUGUGCUGUGUGAGCAAAGUAAUGGGGAAAGGUGCACAUGUAGUCGAAUUACUUAUACAGUUUUUUUAUAAACGUCUGGAUGCAUUGGGGCUCGACAACAAGGAGCAAGUAGGACGUUCUCUUUUCUGUCUUGGAUUGCUGAUACGAUAUGGGAGCUCGUUGCUUACUGCAUCUGCUUCCAGCUACAAAAAUAUAGAUGUCAUUAGCAGCUUGAAUUUGUUUAAAAAGUAUCUCCAGGCUGAGGACUUCAUUAUUAAGGCUAGAGCACUGCAGGCUUUAGGAUAUGUUUUAAUUGCUCGGCCUGAAUGCAUGCUAGAAAAGGACGUUGGGAAAAUUUUAGAGGCAACACUUUCUUCUAGUACUGAUGCUCGUCUCAAGAUGCAAUCAUUGCAAAAUAUGUAUGAGUAUCUUCUGGAUGCGGAAAGUCAAAUGGGAGCUGAUAAAGCUGGUAACAUGGAGGAUAUUGGCUCAACUGAUGAUGGCCACGGUGUUCCUGUAGCUGCAGGUGCUGGUGAUACUAACAUUUGUGGUGGUAUAGUUCAGUUGUAUUGGGAUAUGAUCUUAGGAAGGUGUCUGGAUGUGAAUGAACAAGUGCGUCAAUCUGCUUUAAAGAUUGUGGAAGUGGUUCUGCGUCAAGGUCUGGUGCAUCCUAUUACUUGCGUACCCUACCUCAUAGCACUUGAAACAGAUCCUCAGGAGGCAAAUGCUAAGCUGGCUAAUCAUUUGUUGAUGAAUAUGAAUGAGAAGUACCCAGCUUUUUUUGAAAGCCGUUUAGGAGAUGGUCUUCAAUUGUCAUUUGUGUUUAUGCGGUGCUUGAAUCAAAAUUCUUCUGCCCAUUUAGACCCAAAAGCUGUGUCAAAACUCUCUGGUAAUCUUAAAGGAAAACCUGAUGCUAGCCCCUUUGCUUAUGCGAGGCUUGGGAUUUCUCGAAUCUACAAGCUCAUCCGUGGUAAUCGUGUGUCCAGAAACAAGUUUAUGGCCUCAAUUGUUCGGAAAUUUGACAUGCCAAGCUGGAAUGAUUCUGUCAUCCCUUUCUUAAUAUAUUGCACGGAAAUUCUGUCAUUGCUCCCUUUUACAUUGCCUGAUGAGCCUCUUUAUCUCAUCUAUACUAUAAAUCGAGUUAUACAAGUUAGAGCUGGAAUACUUGAAGCAAACAUGAAAGCAUUUUUGCAUUUGUUAAGAGGAGAAAACCAGGAAAUUGAUGGAAACGGAAUUAUUCGGCCUGAUCCUUCCACACUAGCUCAUGAAAGCAAUGUGAGUGAGCAAAUACCUGAAGAUUUAGAUGGGCAAAGUCCAUCUAGGUAUGCAUCGAAGGAUUUGGGAAUGCCUGAUAUCACCACAGGCAACUCUCAUGGUAUAUCUGGAGGUGAUCUGCAGAAGAUCCAGGCAGAUUGUCUCGCUGCUGGUGCACUGCAGUUACUUUUGAAGCUCAAGAGGCACCUCAAGAUUGUAUACAGCCUAGACGAUGCCCGUUGCCAAGCAUUUUCUCCAAAUGAACCCCCAAAACCAGGGGACUUUCUCUCGAGACAGAAUAUGCCCUUCAACAUCAGUGAUGUUACCAUUGAUCCACCUAGCAAUUAUGAGGACUUGUUACAGAGAUACCAGGAAUUCAAGAAUGCAUUGAAGGAAGAUACUGUUGACUAUUCAACUUAUACAGCAAAUAUUAAGAGGAAACGCCCGCCUCCCAGAAGAGGUGGGAGGUCUGGACGUACAAUGGGUGGAGAUGAUGAAGAUGAUGAAAACGAUGAAGAUUGGGGAAGUGCAAUGAGACGGCUAAGUAACAGUGGCAGAAGAGCGUACAACAGCAGAAGUAGGCAGCGGAUGUAAAUACACACAGUUAAAGCUAACAUGUACAGUAGGUAGGAAGAAAGCGACAGGCUAGAGCAGCGACAGGAGAAGUCGAAAGUAAUUAAUGGAACGGAAUCAAAAGCAAACCUGAGAGGCCAGACUUUACCAGUUUUCGGUCCAAAGGAGCUUUCAGGAAGUUUGUCUUGUAAUUUUUAGGCUGAUUUCUAUUUGUAUUCCCAUUUUCCCCGACAUUCCAUUUGUUUUAGGUGAGAUGUUCAUGCAUUAUGGUUUAGAUAGUGUUGUUCCUCUGUCGGUUUUUAUGGGGUUAGUGGUGAAAGUUUUGAUGUUUUUUACUUUCUGAUAUAGUUGACCUCAGCAUUUACCAAAUAGAUUUGAAGUUUAGCCAUGGUUUAGUGGCAGUAUCUCUGGCUCUAUACAUUACAUUGUCCAUUUUUCUCAACGAGGUUUAUGGCUCUCUA